AUGGAGGACAGCGUUCCUGCUGACAACGAAGGUCAGCAGCCUACUUCGGAAUCUAUCAUGAAGGAGCUGAUAGCGUACAGUGUCUCGUGGGAUCCGCUCAUGAAAGUGCUGCAAGCUCUUGGCAAAUCGAUAGCAAGACAUCAGAAAACACAGCAAGGUAACGAUAGCAUAAUCAAGAAACUUCAAGAUCAGGUCGUUCAGCAGGAACAGCAAGUCGCUGCACUUCGCGAUGACGUAACACGUGCCCAUGAUGAUAAAACUCUUGCCGCUGCUGCAAUCGAGGCGAUGCAGAAUCGUGUUGGUGAGCUGCAAAGCCAGUUGGAAGAAGUAAAAGAGCUAGCCCCGGGAGAAGGCAGACACCUGCAACGGCUUGAUGAUACCAGUGGUCAAAAGCAAGGUGCAAUGGAAGGAAAAGAUAAUCCAACAGAGAUCUUUGGACAAGAAAACAUCGAUCUUAGUAAGAACGGUCCUGUGCCGAAAAGCAAUGAGAAUGACAACCUACGAGAGAGUAACUUAUCACGAGAGAACAGCUCUUCGCGGAUAAACAAUUUUCCACAGAUAAAGAAAUCUUCAGUUGCAAAUACCUCUGAUGGACAAGCAUUUGUAACCGUUAUGGACCUGGCUGAAGCCAAAAGGGAACUUACAGAGGAAUGGAAUAAUACUUUGGCGAAAGCGCUUGGUCACAAUACUUUUGAUAAGUCUCACAAUUCGGACAUAGCUAGCUCACAAACAGAGCAUAAUGAACAAACUGUUGACAAUGGAGUUUCGGGCAUCAAACCGCAAAGUCCUAGCGCAAAUGAGAUGCAGCCUUCGGGGACUUCAUCAAAUUCUUCUAAAGAGUUGGAGUACAAAGUUGAAUUAAUUCAGGCUCUGCAGGAUGUCUUGAAUACUAAACUGUCUGAACACGAUCUUAUUUUGAACGAGCUCAAUAGUCGAAUGGGAAAACUUGACGAUCCCUCUUCACAAGAGACAACAUACUUGGCUAGUCCACAGUCUAGUGAAAAUCCCAAUGAUACCAAUGGAGAUACAGCUGGUAAUUCACUGUUAAAGAAAAUGAACGAAACUAACGUCGACCUUGCUCUUACUAUGACCAGCAUCUCGAACGAUAUAAAAGAGCUCAAAGCGGUUCAGGACAAUCAUGACUUAAGACUCCAAAAGCAUGAUAAAGCUGUGGAUAAACACUCCGCCGAGAUCAAGGCAUUGACUGAUAGCCUUGACGAUAUUAGUGUGCAGCAGCAAACCAUUUCUUUAAUGUUUACGAGCGGCCAAAACAAUAGUAGACCUACGGGUAGUACUGCAUUUGCAGAUGUGCCAGCUGACGAAACUGUACACUCUGUCAAGAUUGCUCAAAAAGCAGAUGCAGGAGCUGAAGUGACAUCACUACCGCAACUGGAUUUGUCACUUGUUUUUACUAAGAUUGCCGACCUGCGCCGCUCGACAGAUGACUCACUGCAGUCUCUUCAACAAGCGAUCAACGAUAUUACAGAUACAUCACAAGCACAACAAGGUCAAUGGGAUGCCUUAAUAAACAGCGGGGCGUCUGAUAAGCUUAUGCGAGCUCAGUUGGUGGAAGCUCGUUUGGCGAUGCAAAAGGAGCUUUUGGCUCGAAAUCAAGCCUAUCAAGACCACUUAAAACCACAGCUGAUCGAGUGGCGAAAUGCACUUGAGCUGAUCGAGGAAAAACUGGUGAAAGGAAUGAGCGAUGAUGAAACAUUAUACACCUUGCAGCAAAUGCAGCGCGGUUACCAUCGGACAUUGCUUUCGGCAACUAUGCUGGCAACCUCACCGCUAAUUAUGUCAGAAACACUACAGACCCUAUCGGACGAAAUGAAGCAGCUUCGAGCAGCUGAUCGCUCGGAAGUGAUGCCCUCACGUCAAAUAGAACAUCGUAAGCCGGGAGAGCAAGCAAAAGAUGGAAUUAACAAGGCUGAUCGUGGAGAGGAGUUUUUACAGAAGUUACUACACUUGGUCGAAGAGAUUGAUGCAACUGUCCAAGCGAACCGUAGAACUGAAAAGAAGAAUGAUCCACUCAUGAAGGGACUUGACGCGAUGCGUGAAAAGCUUGAAUUGCUAUGGUCCAUUUGGCACCGAAAUUACAACGUUAAUAGUAUUCAGCCAAGUGAGGUAGUCGCUUUUCGAGAAAACUCAAAUUCUAAUAUUGAAGAAGAGGGUCGUCAGAGCAUUUUGCAAGGCAAUCAAAAUGGACUCCGCGAGAUAGAGAUGCGCUUGAGCGGUGCGGUACGACGAAUUACCGUGGCUGAGGAAGAAAUCGAACGAUUGAACUUGUUUACAGCUGCACACACUGCAAUAAAGCCGGAGGAUACCAAUAUGGUCAUGACUAGUCGACGUUCGUCGUCUUCCAACAGUUUGCAGACAGAAUUGGUGAUGAACGAAGUGGAAAACUUGCGCAGGGAUAUGCACGACGAAAUCGCCAACCUUUUGGGUAAGCUGGAAGAAAAUAUUGGUAAGGAUAAUGGCAGCAGCAACAACACCUAUCACAGCAGCACUAGCUUAGUAUUGCCAGAACGUCGAAAUUUAGUAGAGACAGCAGCUAAUCACGGUAACGCGUUCGCAACUAUGUUUCCCCAUCCAAUGGGUCAGGGCCUUGACAAUAGAGUAAUGAUCUCGCCGGAAGAUCAGAAGCAGUUUUACGACAAAUUUAUGCAAGAAGUCACGAAAAACGUUCUUAGUAUGUUACAUUCUGAAAAGGGCACACAACGUGGCCCUGGCGUUGGCGGGGCUGCGAGUGCAAAUGUCAAUUUUCGUUUGCUGCUGGAUAAUUUCGCACAGAAAGUGGACGACCGCCUUGAAGAUGCUCAAAACAUCACAGCCGAGCAGUUAGCAAGGCUUCGAAAAGAGCUCAUAGAUCAGCUGAAGGUUCGAUUUGAGGUGGCGGUACGUGAUAUCCGUGGCGAGUUGAUGCUCUUGCAACCAGUUGAUGGCGACUCGACUGCUAUGGGAACAAAACCCGUGAUGUGCGUGGCUUGCAGUCGUCCAGUUCCCGUAUCUUCAAUCAUUCGUGAAGCUGGGUCACUUACAACUGAAAUGGCGAAUGUCGAAACAACGAUUCCAUCCUUCGCAGAAGAGUUUGAAUACGAUCGCCCCGACGACGACUAUGUGUUUCGUGCUGGGUUCAAAAUGCCUGCAAAUGAUAGAAAACUUAUGACUCUACCAUUCCUGACAACUGCAAUGCGCAGUAAAAUGGUAGUUAAUAAACCAGAAGGGAAGAGAAGACGUCCACCGCGCCAAAGUCAUCUAAAUCGUGUUGAUAACGUUAUUCGAGAGGCCAUGGAACUUGAUCGCGCUUCGCAAGGCCGUGGCGUCGAUGCACAGUAG